UGCCAUAGGUGUCUAUAUAAUAAGUGCAAUCGGAGAUUCCAAAGCCAACUCCACUCCUUUCUGCAGCUUUUCCGGUGAAUCGGAGGAGAAGAUAUGGGACUAGUCAAGGCUGCAAUUGGUGAUGGUGUUUUGACUUUCUUAUGGGUGAUCUGUGCUUCCUCCCUUGGUGCUGCUACUUCCGUUAUAGCUAAAACCAUCGGCGUCAAAGGAAUGGCUACAAUCUUAAUCACCAUCUCCCUCGUCUUCAUCCUAUUGUUCAUCUUCGGUAUGAUCGGCGAUGCCUUAGGUGGCGCUAGUUUUAAUCCUACUGGUACUGCUGCCUUUUACGCCGUCGGCCUCGGCGGCGAUUCUCUCAUCUCCGCCGCAGUUCGAUUUCCUGCUCAGGCUGUUGGUGCUGUUGGUGGUGCUCUUGCGAUUCUGGAAUUCAUGCCGCGGGAAUAUAAACAUAUGUUAGGAGGACCUUCUCUAAAAGUCGACAUGCAUACGGGCGCCAUUGUUGAAGGCAUGUUGACCUUCACGAGCACCAUUGCCGUCCUCUACGUUAUCCUUAGAGGACCUAACAGCGUGCUUAUGAAGAACGCGAUGCUUUCCACCUCCAUUGUUACACUUGUUGUUGUAGGUGGAGGCUAUACAGGUCCUUCAAUGAAUCCUGCCAAUGCGUUCGGAUGGGCGUACGUAAACAAUCGACACAAUACAUGGGAGCAGUUUUACGUUUACUGGAUUGCUCCGUUCAUGGGGGCAAUAUCGGCCGGAUGGGCUUUUCGUAUUGUCUUUCCACCACCUUCGAAGCAGAAAUCCGCCUGAAAACACGGCGAUCCGGUCACCAGAAAAGUACUUCUGCCCUGUGUACCCCCUAAUAGCAUAUUAUUGAUCAAGAACAAACUUGUGAAGUUGACAAUGCUUACUUUAAUGUAAUCUAUUUAACUGCUACC